CGGUGCUCAGUGUGUAUCCAGACGCGAGGGAGGGAGGAGUGUCGUGUCCCGUGUCUCGCUCUCCCAUCCGCCGCAGUAGUGUGAUUUGUGAGUGACUUCCUGCUCGCUAAUGGAGGAUCGUAACGUGAUGGAAAGUUGUGGAACAGUAUAAACAUAUUGAACUGAACGAACGAACGAAAGAAUAAAAACGUGAUAAACAAAUAGGAAAAAGUACGAAGGAAGAGGAAGAAGAGAGAAAAAGUGAUAAAUUUAACAGGAAAAGGAAGAAGAGAAACUUGACAGAUUUAUAGCAAAGAAGUAAGAGGAAGAAGAAAAAAGAAAAUAGAUAAAAGGAAAAACUUGAUACAUUAAAAAAAAAAAAAAACGAGAGAGGAAAAUAAGAAAAGGAGAAAGAAAGAAAUAUAAGGAUAAAGAACGAAAAUAAAAAUAAAAAGAUAGAAAACAACCGAAUUAAAAAUAAACAGGAAAUACAGAAAAUAAGUAAAUACAGAAAGAAAUUAGAGAACAAACAAGCACAGAAACAAAAUAAACUCAUAGAAAACAAAACUAGAUAGAUAAAAAAGUGAGAAAUAGAUAGAAAGUGGGAAAAAAACACCGCUAUUCUCCCACCAUGUUGCUAAAAAGUAGCGAACGUUGAUGGAGGCGAGAAAUUGACAAACUAGACAAACGUUUUUACUUGUUAGAGCAAAGUGAGAGAGGGAGAGAAAGUGAGAGAAAGAGGGAGAGGAGCAAUGGAAAGACCUACCUCCACCUCCUGACAGGGCCACGGGUAUCUCCUCAAGUACAGAGAAGGAGGAGGAGGAGGAGGAGGAGGAGGAUGAGAGGGAAGAACACACGAGUGGAAAUAAAAGAGGGAAGAGGAAGAGGAGGAGAAACAUAUGCCACUGAAGUGAAAGCGGAUAGAAGAAGAGGGAGAUAGAGAAAGGAGAAGAAAUAGAAGUGAAGGGAGAUAGAUAACAGAAGAAGGAGAUAAAAGGAGAGAAAGAGAAGAUAUAAAAGAAGGUGAAGAGGAAGCAAGGAAGAUAGUAAACAGAUAGAGAGAGAAAAGAGAAAAAACGGAAAAGAACAAGAAAUUGAGUAGAAAACAUAAAAAAACCAGAUUAACCAGAGAAAACGAAAAAUUAAAGAAAACAAGAGGAAAAGUGGAUAAAAACGAAGCAAAAGUGAUAAAGGGAGUGAAAAUUAAGUGUGAAUGACUUUAGUGAGACUUUACCUAGUUUGACCUUUCGCGGCAAUGGAUCGGAGGUCAAGAUCGCCACUGAAGAAGCCGGAGAUGAAGAGGAGAACGUUAAGCAUCACCAGAAGGAGGAGGCUGUCCGUGGAUGAGGGCAGGCAGGUCACCCAUGCUAGAAAAGAGUUUGUUGCCCACGGUGCCAAUGUAAACUGCUUGGCGCUCGGUCACAAGUCAGGCCGUGUGCUGGUGACCGGAGGCGACGACAAGAAGGUCAAUCUCUGGGCAGUCGGCAAGCCUAACUGUAUACUGAGCUUGUCAGGCCACACCACCCCAGUAGAAUGUGUGCGCUUCGGAGGUUCGGAGGAGCUGGUGUGUGCCGGCUCCCUCAGUGGCGCCCUCAAAAUCUGGGACCUGGAGGCCACCAAGAUUGUACGCACCCUCACCGGCCACAAGGCAAACAUCCGCUGCAUCGACUUCCAUCCCUACGGUGACUUUAUCGGCACCGGCUCCCUCGACACCAACAUUAAGCUAUGGGACAUCCGGCGUAAGGGCUGCAUCUUCACUUACAAGGGCCACAACCUCACCGUCAACAGCCUUAAGUUCUCGCCAGAUGGACAAUGGAUUGCGUCAGCCGGUGAGGACUGCAAUGUUAAGCUGUGGGAUCUCCGGGCGGGCAAGAUGAUGACGGAGUUCGCACAGCACACAGGGCCGGUCAGCGAUGUGGAGUUCCACCCGCACGAGUUCCUCCUCGCCUCCGCCUCGCAUGACAGAACUGUCAACUUCUGGGACCUGGAAAAAUUCUCACUGGUGUCUGCCACAGAUGCUGACACUGGCCCCAUUAGAACCAUAGCCUUCCAUCCUGAUGGGGACUGUGUGUACGCCGGCUCCCCUGAUGUUCUCAAGGUGUAUGGAUGGGAACCGGCCCGCACCUUUGACACAGUAGCCAUGGGCUGGGGCAAGAUACAGGACAUUGCCAUUGCCCAAAACCAACUGAUUGGUGCCGGCUUCCACGGGGUGCAUGUAUCGCUGUAUGUGGUGGAUCUGAAGCGGGUGCAGCCCUUCGGUGGUCCCCAGCAGGAUGUGCCCUCAACCUUCCGCUAUGGUGCUGCCAUUCGCAAGAGCUUCAGUAAAGAUAAGAACUCUGGGAAAGCUACUGUGGAGUCAAUGAAGGUGGAGGAGGCGUCAGACACAGGUGGAGAGGAGCCCCAGGAGGAGGACCCACCACCGGAGAUCACCAACCUCAAUGACUACAAUGUUAUCUUCAGAACGCGCCGUGAACUACAGAGAACUCCACCCCUGCCAGAGCCCAAACCAACCAUAAACAAUAACAAUGACCCAAUGGUGCCACAAGUCAUGUCAGGCCCAGACGUGAUCAGACCAGAGCCAAUAAGACCCGUGCCAGCCUCCUCAGCCCGCCCCACGACCCCGGACACCACCAGACGGGGCUCCCAUGGCGUGUCUCACCUGCCCCGCCCUAUCACUACCCCGAGAGAAAAUGCCACCCCGAGAUAUGAUAACGGCAACCAGCCACAGACGCCUCCCUCAAACCCUACCAGUUUUUCGUGUCUGUUCGAAAGACGCAGCUCCACUCAGGACCCAUCGCUCUACAACUCCCCCCAUAGGGAUCACUCACUCAGCGGCAGUGGAAGCCCCAAUCUCAGCAACCAGCCAUACAGAGCGAGAGCCGUGUCAGAGAGUCGCAGGGAAACGCGAGACAUGUCAGGGGCACCGUGUGAGUCUGAAGGCAACAGGUACCACAUCCGGCACAGUCCCUCUGAGCCCUACCUGGUGCGUCAGUCCUCCUCGCCAGUCCCUCCUGUGUCCUCUCAUGCCUACCACGACUCAGCGCCGAGCCUCCCGCAACUGGCACGACCUGAUAUCACCAACCUGAGUCGAACGGAAGCCUCCUCCAAACCUGACCUGACCUCCCACAGCAAGCCCAUGGACCGGCCAGCCCUAGUGAGGCCUGGACCAAGGCCACAUGUCCCACAGAGCCCUGAUGUGACCUACCUAGGCUCCUCCAAGACCACAAGUCCUGAGAUCUCUUACAUGGGGACACCAAAGGAACCACCAGAUUACAGCUACCAGAAGGAGAACACAAAGGAGGUUGAAUACUCUUCAGCCUUCUCCAGUCACUCUGAUAAAGGCAUAAUUAAUUUUGAUGAUUUUAUGCCUAACAAGCUUGGUGGGCUGAGUCUGGGUGGCAGUGGCACAGGCACCACCAGCCUGACAGGCAUCGCUGGCACUGAGAUGUCAGAGCAGGAGGUCAUCAAUAGCAUCAUGGGUGGCCACUCCUCCAUGAUGUCUGUCAUCUCUGCUAGAGCGAGGGGACUGCAGAUUGUGCACAAGCUGUGGCAAACCAAGGAUCUCAAGACAGCGGUAGAGCACGCCCUCAACACUGGAGACCAGGCGCUGCUGGCUGACCUGCUCACCAUCAUCAACCUGCGCCCGCGGGGCAGAUCAAGCUGGAACCUUGACCUCCUGACAGCUCUCCUGCCACCUGUCAGUCUGAUGCUGCAGAGUAAAUAUGAAACCCAUGUGUCGGUCGGCAGCAACGCUCUCAAGCUCAUGAUCAAGAACUUUGCAGUGAUGAUCAAGUCCAACAUGACCGGCCCCAUCCAUUCUGUUGGGGUGGACAUCUCCAGGGAAGAAAGGUACAACAAGUGUGUGGAAUGCUACAACCACAUGAUGUCGAUCCGAGCUUUCCUCCUCAAACGGCAGACAGUGCAGGGCAAGAUGGGCACAGUAUACAGGGAACUGGUCAUCUUGAUGCAGGCGUUUGAGUAGCUCCUGUCCUGAGUGACUCCCUUGGCACUGCUGAGAUGCUAAGGAUGGCCCACAUCAACAGUGAGGUGGCCAACUUGUGGAUUGAGUGAAGGAUCAGUGGACAAGAUGCUGGGCAAUCCCGCAAGAAACUUUUUGUGGCAUGCGAGCAAUGUUUUGAAAUGCGCUCGUUGUGAUAGAAGCCGUUGUUGCUUCCCCUUUUGAACUUUUUAGUCUUUAAGUCAGAUGAACGCUUUGAAAACAAUGUAGAAAACAUUAAUAUCAAUUUCACCAAAUAUUAAUACUACUACAUGCAGUAUGUAUAACAGGUGUAUAUUAUGACAGAGUGCCCUAACCUCUGCUAUUACCACUGCACUGUGUCUGUAUAUAUCUUUAUGGAGUUAUGGGAUAGGUGCUUAUAACAUUACAGAUAAUCCUCCAGAGUGCACACCACUGAAAAGAGUGAACCAGCUGAGUGGAGAUGGACUGGUGAGCCAAGAGCUGCAGUAUGCCACUGUGCCAGACUCACCCUGGUCUUGACUGGUUGCUGUACUGGUCUACUGGUUACUGGUGAACUAGUGUACUAGUCAACUAAUCAGCUGGUUAACUGGUGUACUGGUGUACUGGUGAACUGGUGCAUGUGCAGUGAGGUGACUUAGCAACUCAUACAUAAAAUUCGUGCCUUCUCAUUUUUUACUCAGCGUCUGGUUCUGGUGUGGCGCUGAGCUCAGAAACAGCAGCAGCAGCAGUUGUCAUGUGCCGUGGUGGCUACCAGGCGCUGGGUGGCUGCCUCAGCUUUACCAGUGGGAUGGUACAUUAUCAUUCCCAUUGUUGUGAUUUGAAGGAACUCUUUGUGUUGCCAGAUAUGUACCUUGAUUCUUUUUGGAGCUAAGUAGCGCAUCUUUGUUUUUUUCUCCCUUGUGCAUUGCAGGGAGCAAGAGCGGCAUCAUUUUUUUUUAUUUCACUUCACAUUCCCACCAGCCAUGCAAGGUCUUGGCUUGGCUCAGACCCCCACACUUCCCUCAAGGUCCUCAUACACACCCAUUUUGAAGAGAGCGUUUUCCCUAAACUUUACUCUUGCCGUGCGUAAUCAAAUACAUUUUUAGUUUAGCGUCAAUCUCCGAACACUCCAGUAGAAGCUUGAAAGGAGGGUGGCGUAGAAAUGUCCCCUUAACAUUCACUGACUGAAAGGUAAAGUUUGAGGGAAAAUACAACAGGAAGUGUGUGUGUGUAUGUGUGCAUGUAUGUGUGCGUGUGUGUGCAUUUGAGUUAUGUCCUGCAGCGUACACAGGACUCCACACUCCCACUCAUGCCAGCAAGGAAAAUUUAUUUUGUUUCAUAUCUAUUUAUCAUUUUGGUGAGUGUGUAGUUUCUCACAAUCAGUGAUGGAGGAAUCACGUAAACUAUCUUAUGAAAAACUGCAUUUCCUUAUCUAUCGGUUAAAUAUAAACACCAAGAUUAUGAAAUGAGCAAAAUGCAAUCAGAAAAACUAGAUUUGUCUGUGAUGAGAAUAAUCCUCUACAAUUUUGCCUUCUUCAACUCAUACAACUCUCAAAAAGAUACAUACAGGAGAAUUUCAAAAUGUCUUGAUGUUCCUCUCUAGUGAUGGGAAACUGCACACUUCCUUUUUUCCCCCAAAUAUCGGAGGUGUUGAGCACUCUGGCCUGAGCGGGGCAGUGCCAAAUACUGACGCUUGUGUUGCAGCACAUUGCUGUGGAAAUUUCCUUCUCCAGAUUAUUGGAGACACUACAGUAUGUCUAUUUCUUUCUUCUUUAUUUUUACUUACUAAUAUUUCUUAAAAUGAAUAAGAUUAUGAUGUAUUUGUGACUCAGGAGUUUUCUAUUCUAAAGUUCUGCUAUUAUGACAAGUUGCCUUAUUGUUACUUUGAUACUUUUGUUAUUGUGUCAUUGUUUCUUGUCUUGUAUUCUACUCAUUGUGCUUUAUCCUUUCAUUCCUUACUAUCAUCCUUCUACCUGCCUCCUCUUCCUCUCUUACCCAUUCCAUUUCCAUCAAGAUGCUUCAACCAACUAUUUUACUCUCAGCAUCUCUCAUUACAUUUUCCUCAUACCACACAAUCACUUGCUAAACAUGUACACAAUUGGUCAAAACAUUCAUUAUUAUAUUGCAGUAUUGUUUUUAAGCCUUUCUUUCUGUUCCGCCCCAUUGAAGUAAGAGUUACGAACCUCCAGGCAUCAUUUUUAGCAACAGGUGGAUUGGAGAGAGCCACCUUGGACACACACUUUAGGGAAAGAUCCAGUCAGCAAUGCUAAGUGUGUUUGGCCUCUCCAGUAACCUCAAUGUACAGACAGUGCUUUCUCUUAGCCAAUUAAUGCAGUCAGUCAGCAGUUUCGUGCCUUGGAGGGUUUGUGGUAGCAGAUCUGUGUUACGUAUUUUAUCUUUACUGUGAAUUUAUAUACGAACACUGCGCUUGGGUUAGUGAGAGGGCAUUGGAUAUUAUGCCAAUCAAUCAUGCAGCUGUUUAUGUGCUUUUUGACUAACCUCAUAAGCCCAAAACAAGAAGCAGCAGGCGAGACGAGGCUGUGGUGGCUUGAGUCAGAUCACUGGAUGAGUUUGGAUGGCUUGGAUUGGCUUGGGAAGUGGCUUUGGUAGCCCCAGGUUUUGAUUCUCACUUGCCAAGACAGGAACAUUCUCAAGGAUUUGCAGAAAUUUUUCCAAAUGUUCUGAGGUCUUGAAUGGUUUUUGUGUGUAUAAUGUGCAAGUGUGUUUAAGUUUUUGAACAGCAUGGAAAUUAGUCUGUUCAUUGUUUGUGAAGUGGAGGUAUGUUAGGAUUAUGGGAGGUACUGAAGAUGAAUAUGGUUUGUUUAAAUUGGACAAUAUGGGAAUACUACAUUACAGUUUUGAAAUUCAUGACGUGAUCUUAAUAUUGAUAGCAGUGUUGUGUGUUGAUGCUUCUUCAGGAAUGGUAGACCGUUAAGAUAUAGUUGAGCAAAAUUGUUGUUUAUCAAUGUUUUUUUGUAAGUAUGGCAGAGAUGAAGUAUGUAAAUGUUCUGCAAGUAAUUUAGAAGUGUAAGUACUUGGGGAGAGUAGGUUAUUUGUGUGUGUAAAGCUACAUUAUUAGCUCAUCUAAGAGUGAGAAGUACAGGUAUUUGAUUUGCAGUGUGAGAGUAAAGGUAAAAUAAACAUUGAUUGGUAGUGACAAUACCUGUUAAUGUUACUUGAACAACCCUACAUGAGUGUGGGACAGAAAAUUAACAGAUGGUAAAAGAUUUAAAUCAUUGCAUCACUUCUUUGUUCCCAGUGGUGUGUUUAAAGCUUUAAAUUCAUGUCACAAUAUUCAAACAUGAGGAGAAAGCAUAGCAGUAGUCAGAGUGGGGGGUAUAAAUUGAUAUAGAUAGAAUAUUAGUGUUUGGGAAAGGAGGAGGAAAGGAGGCUAUGUGUGUGAGGCAGAGCAGUGUAUGGAUGACUCCCUCUUUUAUUCUCAUCCCUGUUAUCUGGGUAGCAGUUGACAAUACAUGGAUGGAGUGGGAAGUGUAGAUAAGGCAAUGAAGGAUCAAUAGGCCAAAGUUUGUAGUGAUGGGGAGAUAAACUGAUAUAGAAGUUCUGUAGAGUUUCUCAUCCUGUGUUUGCCUUUUUGUCCUGCUAUACUAGUUUGCAAUGUACUAAAACCUCUCAAAUCAAAGGCAGGGAUGGAGGUGUUGUAUUUAUUUAUGUAUACCAUCAAGAGCAGCAGGUAUAGUAGAAUUCCAUCCAACUUUUUAUUUUUUCCCCCAAGAAUCCUCCAAUUAUUGUUGAGCAGAAACUUGACUUAAACUGGAGUUAUAAAACUUGAAGUACUAAAAAUUCUCAUUCCAAGAGUCACCUGAAGGACUACUACAGCUACUAUUACAAUUACUACUACUAUUAUUUCUACUACUACUAUUACUACAUACUUUCUUAACCAAAUAUGUAGCUUAAGUUUACUAUUAAAUAUGUUUUUCUAACCAUGGCAAAGGCUGUGUUGGGGCGGUGAUGCUUGGUUGUUUUGUACGUCAACUCUUUGCAACUGGUUCUGUUCUUGUGUGUAUGUAUGUAUGUGUGUCUGUCUGUCUUGCGCUUCAAACCUGGUGCUCAUUCUAUCAAUAACUAACUGGAUCUCAAAGGAACUGUCUUAUGUUUUUUUGCAUCCAUAUCUCCAGUUAUCUGUCAGAUGUGAUGCCUGAACUCUGAUGUUGAAAGUCUCAAAAUUACUUGUAGUACUGUGAAUCUGGAAGUACUGCUGGUUUUAUUCAUGUAAUUUUUUCUUUCGUUUCGGGACCAUUCAUGUGUUGGUGAGCGUUCCGUGUGUUGGUCUUGCAUUACAGUGAGGAAUGAUUGUGUGACAAUGUGUAUGAUUGAGUCUCAGGAUUUUUUUGUAAGGAAAAAAAUUAGACUGCCACUUUGUUGAUUAGCAAAAGAAAAAAAAACAAAACUAUUUGUGUGGUAUGGAGUUAGAAAUUAAAUAGCCACACUUACAUAUUGAUUAACCAAAUGUGGGAUUUUGGAUAGGUAAAAAUUUGACUGCCCCUCUGUUGAUGAGCUAGAAUUGAAAAUGUGUGUGAUAUGAAGUUAGAAAUGAAAUUGUCACACUAAUGGUUAAGCAAGUUUGUGAUUGCAUGUACAGAAAAAAAACUUGAAUGCCACUCUCUUGAUUAGCUAAGAAAAUUAAGGAAUGAGUGAUUUAGAGUGAAAACUGUAGAAUUGUCACACAUUGAUCAAUUAAGUGUAGGAUUUUGUAUAGGGAAAAAAUAGAUUGCUUUGUUGUUCUACUAAAAAUGUGUGCUUUAACACAAGAAACUAUUAAAUUCCUACACUUAUUGAAUGAUUAGUGUGGGGUCUUUUGUAGGGGAAACAAUGUUAUCACUUGAUCUGUUUAAAAGCAUGAGAGAUUAAACAGAAAUCUAUUAAACAGCACAAAUUAAAAUCUGAACAAUGGUGAGGAAUUUUGUUACUCAAGUGUUUAAUGUUCUAUGAAGGAUAUCAAAAAGUGGUCACAUUUUUCUGUCUGUCACAGUUGUUGUUGUCAUGUUAGGAAAAAAAUUAGAAGAUUGAAUAAUAUAAAUAUGCAUAUGAUGAAGAAAUUGAAGGCAUAUGGAGGAAGACUUAAGAAGAAUGCAGAAAAAUGUGGAAGAGAGAGAGAGAGAGAAUGCUGUCAAAAUUUUGUAAGAAAAAAUAAAGCUGUUGACACAGUGAUAUUAGAAGAAAGGAAGGGACAAGAAAUUAUAGGAAUGUGAGAUUAAAAACUCCUAGGUAUUUCAUAGUAAUAACUUUCUCAAUCUCGCAACGGAAAGAAGAGAUAUGGAAAAUGUUUUUAUUGGUAUUUAGAUGGAAAAUGUGUGUGUGUGUGUGUGUGUAUGGAUGGUCCUGUAUAUUACAAUGAAUUAAAGUCCCAGGCCAACAGAUCAUCAUCUAAUCCAUAGUGUGUCAGAGAGAGAGAGAGAGAGAGAGAGAGAGAGAGAGGAAUAUUUAUAGUGUAAAUAGAUAAUACGGUGUACAGAGUUUGUGAUAAUAAAAUAUUGUUAAUUUCUAA